AUGGCGCUGCUGACUCGAAGCUUGCGUCGUGACUCGCUUCUGUGCACCGGCCGCAAGCUCCCGUGGAAUUCUCCAAGUCACCGAGAGCUGCGCAAUUACCCGAUCAAAGUAUUGUGUCGUAACCAAAAGUUCAUUCGCAAAGCUGCGGGAAGUUACUACGAAGUGGAGCGCGAGUACAACUUGGGAAUCGUGCUCAAGCCAUCAGAGGUCAAGUCGCUUCGAGACCACAACGCGGAUCUGUCGACUGCUUUCGGCGCUUUCUACAAGCACGAACUUUAUUUACAUGAUAUGAACAUUCCAGUAGAAAGAAAGGUAUAG